AGAAACGGGCCCCAAACGGGGCGAAAAGGCCCUGCCUUUCUGGCGGGGCUUGUGACCAUGACAGCCAUGGGGCUGCACGACCCCUUCGCCGCCUUCCUGGAGAUACGGACUCCCUCGGCGGGGAAGCCCAGCAGCCGCAGCACGCGGCGCGGAAGUCUCAGCAUGCAGGAGCGCCUCGAGGGCCUGAGGGGCCUUUGUUCCCCAAAGGACUUCCCUCAGGAGGACCGCGUGCUCGAGGUCGACCGGCUGGAUGCCAAAGCUAUGGAUGCAGACCUGGAGGAGAGCCCGUUUGUCUCUUACCUGCGCCUGCGCCCGCCGAAGCCGGUCGAAGAGAAGCCAGAGCCUCCGCUGGAGCAAAAUCUGCGCGAAGACGUGCUGAAGACCAAGAAGCAGCUGCUGGAGGUGGCCCUGCGCAUGGAGAUGCUGGCCUCGGACCCCGAGACGGCGGAGGAGACCGCCCUGCGGCUGCGGCGCCUGCGCAAGGCGCAGAGGUACCUGCUGCAGCCUGAGCGCGCAGUGGAGGCCCUCAGUGGCAGCGAGGACGAGGAGAUGACGGUGCAGACCAAGAUUGUCGCCGCGAGCCCUUCGCACGCCAAGAAGGCCGCGCAGAGUGAAGAGCUCUCACUCUCGCAGCGGCGCUGGAGCGUGGGCAUGGUGCGGAGGCAGCCGCCCCCGGAUAUUUCCACCCCCACGCCCUCGCGACCGAGCACUGUCUACAAGGACGAGCUCCGGCUGCCAAGUCCCAUGAAGGGCUCCAAGUGCAAGCCUCAGACUGCGAGCACCAGGCCGUCUGCCCCACAGCUCCCGUCGGUGCCGCUGUGCAAGCAGAAGCCCACGUACACGACUUGGGAGGGGGAUCUGGUGGUGGACGAUGUCAGCAACGUGCCCCUGACCGGUUGGUUCUACAAGACGAGGAGUUGGAACAUCCAUAUCCUGAGGAAGGACCUUCAGGCAGAGAGGCGGAUACCUGACAUGGCGGGAGGCGGAGUGGUCUUCGGCAACGGCACAAUGCCGCUCUUCAGCGGCAGCCACCUGCUGAAUACGGGCUACUUCUACGCCUUCCAGGUGGAUGCAGUUGACGACCAGCACUUCCCGCUGGCGGAAGUCCGAGACAUGUCCCUGGGCUUCGGGGUGUCCUUCCUGCCGGGCGGGCACAGGCUUUGCAAGAAGCCCAUGUACGCCUACGAGAUCCCAGGCAGCAUCCUUAUUGGCUAUGGCAUGCACGUGGUUGACGGCGGGGAGUGGUGCACGCAGAAGGCCUGGGAUCCGAAGGCUCUGGAGGUGAACGACGUGGUUGGGCUGCUGGUGAAUCCCCACGGGGACCUCGUGGUGUACGUCAAUGAGGUCCAGGUGCUGCGGGUGGCCAGCAGCCUGACGGAGGGGAACCGCAAGGAGCCCCACCCCAGGCGCAAGGCGCUGGGGCCCCGGCGCACGCUCUUCCCGGUGGUGGACCUCCACGGCCGGGUCACAAAGGUAACGAUGCUGCCUACGAAGAGCCCACCCAACGUGGGUCUCCAGGCCCGGAACAACACCCACGAGAAGAACUUGAACCCGUUGGGCUUCAAGGGCAAAAAGAUGCUGCCGGUACCUGGCCGGACCCUGCCCGGCCUGGGCAAGGCGCUGGGGGAGGUCGACGACUCCAUGCCCGGCUUCAAGGAGUUCUGAGGUCGAUUGGCAGACUCGCGGAUGCGGAUGGGAUUCGUGAAUCCGAGGCU